AUGCGUUGGGGAAGGCUGCUACCCGGAACCGCCCUCAGGCUCGCUCUCAUCACCUCAGGAUCUUUUCCUUGGGUGGUCUGUACCGUAAUGUCUGGACCAGCAUACAGAGCCCAUACACCGCAUUGCCUUCCGAGAUCACGUUCGGUUGAGCGUUUCGGUACCGUUGCCACUCUUACAAGAGUGGCAUCGGUGCCCAAUCUGUCGACUUUUCACGUUGGCGGAGAUCGUUACAGGUGCUCGACCCUGUACAAAUACAGAAAGAACUAUGAUACGCUAGAAGACCACAACAUCGAUCGCUACACGUUCUAUCAGCCGUUCUACUGGCCGACAUACCGUUAUGCAGCACGCCGUGCUCUCUAUGUGGAUCCGAUCCCAAACAGCCUCGGAUUCGAAUACCCGGAUUACUGGACCCGCUACAAGUGGUACACAGACUGGUUAAAUCCGACAUACUGGCGUCGCCAUCGCGAUCCCAACUACGACCGACCUCUUUGGAACAGCUGGCGACCAUGGCAGAUGGAUAGAUCGAAUAUCAAACGCGCUAUCGACAUGUAUCGUAAUGGCCACAUUGAUUUCAAGACACUUGAUGACAAAUGGAUCACACCAUCUGCAUAUGGGCGAUACGGAAAGGAUUGGGCUGAUGUUUACCUUCCAGCUGCCCGCUAUGGAGCGCAUCGCUACUUCUACUCGUUUUCUUAA